ACACCUAAACAUGGGUGUAAUGAUAUAAAAUUCCUUAAAAGAAGGGCAAUUUUAGCACUCUGACUCAAUUCAAAUCUUCAAACCCUCUUUCUCCUGGGAAUUCAGAAAGACUCAAAAGGGUUUAACAGUUGCAGAGUGAAAUGACGUCGUCAAUCUUCGAAACCCUAAGAAGAUCAACGGCAAUUAUCGGUUCAUCAUCAUUCCUAAAUCACAUCUCUCCAACUUCAUCAGCACCAUCUCUUCUCAAACCCUGCGCCUGUGCACAGUUGCAGAAAUUAGGCUAUGCAAAUGCAACUACUUAUGAUAAAAAUGAAGAGAGAGAAAGAAGAAAAGGGAGACAAGAAGAAGAAGAUGAUGAGAUACCCACUGAAGGAAUUAGCAAACCCAUGUCUGAAACUCUCAAACAACUUAACAAAAAAGUCCCUGAUUCUCUCAUUAGUGUCCGCUCUGAAGAUGGCUAUUCUAUCAAAUAUAUUCCAUGGCAUAUUGUGAAUCGAAUUAUGAACUUGCAUGCUCCAGAAUGGUCUGGUGAGGUUCGGAAUAUCAUAUACUCAGCUGAUGGUGAAUCUGUAACUGUUGUUUAUCGCGUUACACUUCAUGGAACUGAUGCUGAGAUUUAUAGGGAAUCAACAGGAACUGCUUCACUGAAAGAAAAAGGCUAUGGAGAUGCGGUACAGAAGGCUGAAGCAAUGGCAUUUCGUCGAGCCUGUGCACGUUUGGGACUUGGGCUUCACCUCUACCAUGAAGAUAUGUCAUAGCAUGGUCUCAUUAUGUGUAUCUAGUGGCUGAUCUAUUUUCUUAUGUCUUUUUUCUUUUUCUGGUUGUAAAGGUCGCAUAGCUGUGUAGCCUGUUCUCAUCUUUGUGGGUGGUUUUUCCCCUUUUGUAUAUGGGGCCAGAGGAUAGGCUUAUUUUUGGACCACUAUGCAUCUUGCAAGUAUGUGUACGGAGGAGAUGGUGUUCGAUUUAUGCAAGUACUGAAGAUUGUAGAAGCCUUUGUCAUUGGAUUCAUUGUCAGGUCUAAAUUAGGAUCUGAUGAUGCAUAGUAAGUGUUGUAUUCGUUAACAAACUGAUUCAGACCUUGUAUAUGCUGUUAAUCUAUAUUCGCUAAUUUGCCUCUCUUUGUUAA